CUUCAUUGUCUAACUGCAGUUUUCUAAGAAUAAUCCUAAUAUCGAAAAUAUGAAUCUACAGGACUCGCCUAAUUUUGCGACGACUCACUGAACGAUUUAACCAUCCUUCUCCGCAAAACGAGAACGAAAAAAAAUGAAGUCACCACCAGCUAUUUAAUCACUCGGAUUGGCUGGUUCAUUGGGUUGACCUAACUCGUGUCUAUAAUUUUCCGGUCCGUGUUUUCUCAGGCACACCCCACACGCCUUUACUUGUUGCUGCUCCACACUAAUUCCAUGCGCGUUUCUAUCGAUCUUGAUGUUCCCUAUAUAAAAGGCCGCGUCAUCGGUAGUCAUGAAAGAGCAAAUCGGACAAUAUUCCAACAACUGUGGAGAACCCUCUCAGAAAAUCUAGUGGUACGCGUAAAACAAAUAAACUACUGAGCCGUGUUACGCGAAUGAGUAACUGAAAAGCAAGAAAAAAAUGUUGCUACAAGAGUGGCUAUUGGUGGUUCUAAUCACAGGGUCAGUGACAGCACUGAAUUCUGUACCCCAGCAUGCAACGGAAGAGUCGUUAAGGAGUGCUUUGGAUGCCAUCACUAGAAAGCAACGAUCCUUGGAUACCAAUUCACAAGAUUACUAUAAUGAUCUUCGUUCCUAUAAGUACCAUGGCGGUGAUGGGGAAAGAAAAUUUGACAGAGAACGUCAGAACGAAAGGGAAUUGGAAGAGGAAGAUGAAGAAAUAGAAUUUUUGCCCAAUGAAAUUGGACAGUUGGAAACAGUGGGAAAUGGUUUUCAAGAUUUGAACAAUAAACUGUUAGAAAGGGCGUUGAUUGAUUAUCUAGAGAAUAUCCCGCAACAGGAGGAACCUGUCACAUCACUGUUUCGAGAACGUGAACGAAACUCUGGUCAUAAAAGAGACUUUGGUUCUGAGCAAUUGAACAUCGAUAAUAAGGAUCUGACAAAAUUGUUCUCAGAAGAAUCGCCGGAUGGAUCUUCCUAUAAUCUUGGUGACGCAGAAGAUGAGGGAUAUAUGGACGCUCGUCAGAUUCUCUAUGAUCGAUACAGAGGCGAACAAGGGAACAAAAUAUAUGAGAAUUCGGGUCCAAUGUCCUGGGGCGCAUUGUUGAAUAAGGACUCUAUGGUUCGAAGACAAGGUAGGGAAUCCGAGGAAAAUGAGUUCAGCGGUCGAGAACAGGAUCCAAAUUUAUUAUAUCUCUCUAUGGCUGAACGAAGGAACCUGAACGGUGGGUAUCCAGCGGGACGCUCUCUGAGAACCUAUAAAAACAUGGCUAAACGCUACCUCAUAGCGAAAAGAAGUCCGAAACCUGUAUCUAACAAGAAUCAAAUUACAGAUCCUAAGGUCGCUCAAGAUCUGGGAGCACUAUUUGGUACUGAAUUGGCAGAUAAUCAAAAUCAUACUCACAAUUACAAGCAUAAUCAUAAUCAUGACCACGACUAUGUUCAAAAUCACGACAUUAAUCAUGAACACGAUUAUGGAGAUCAGCAUAAACAUGACAAUUCUUCUGAAGCACCAAAGGUAACACCGCCCCCAAAAGGACAAAAGGAAAAUAUUACAAAAUUAGACAAAUCGAGAUCUAUUGAAGUGAGGAAAAAAAGUGUCGAUUGGUCUCAAUAUUUUGGUAUUGAUAGAAGAAGGAAGAAGGCUACAUUUAUGGCUGGCCAAGGGACCCAAAAUCAAGACAACGAAUGGAUGUUGCAACGAUAUUAUGACAAUUUGGUGGACAACUUGAAGGAAAAUGACCGGGAUUACGAAAGGGAAGCUAACGAAGAGAAAGAUAAAUUGGACCAACUAGAUUCGAAAUUAAGAAAUCUUAAGGAUUUAAUUAUUGGAGAUAUUUUGAUAUAUGAGAAUACAAAAGAUGGUAUAGAUUUGCAAAAGAUCAAAGAUAGGAUAAUGGCACGCGUGGCUCUUAAAUGUACCUUUGAGAAAAUGAAAGAAGCUGAGAAAACAACUCAUGCACAGAAUAAUCAAACUCCGGAAUUCUGUUGCAAUAUAAUAUGUAAAAUAUAUUUACAAUAAAUUUCUGGAACAGAAUGAACUAGAAGAAGAAUAUUUAGGUAACUACGUAAUGGAAGCGGGAAAAAUCUGCCACGCCCAAGAAAU